CGACCAGCCCACUGCUCCUCAAGGCAAUCUUUUCUGUGAAAUGGAACCAUAAUCAAACCACAAAUGGUUUUGUGAGGCAGCCCUCAGAGAAAGACAUCAUAGAUCAUCAUUGAAAAAUGCACUUCGCAAAGGAAACCCAUGGUAGAAUUCCUUGAGAACGAGUGCAAGCAUCGCCUGCAAUGCUCAAUGCAGCAACCUGCAUAAAAGUGCCUUGUCAAUGCUCCCCUGCGUCACAGGCGCCGUCAUCAUGGCAAGCUCUUAUGCUCUCCUAGUCGUCUCUUUCGGCACUGUUUUUCAGUUGGUGAACGGAUUAGCUGAAUCAGAGAAUCCUUCAGUACCAUGCCCAGUUCCGUACACUGACGUGGGAGGAAAGUGUCUCUACUUCCACACUGCAACAAAUGACACUUGGCUUAACAUGGAAACAUUGUGUAUUGGACUUGACGGUCACCUGCUCAAAAUUGACGACGCAAAUUUAUUUUACGACAUCGUCAAUCAUAUCAAAGCCGAAAAACCUGACACGACCUACUUCUGGAUUGGAGGCUCUGACGCAGCCACCGAAGGGGACUGGAGGUGGACAGACUAUACCAAAGUCAAAAUGGGUACUCCUUUUUGGGGAGUAAAUAGCACUGUAUACCCACAAAUACAGGAGCCUCAGGGAGGAACUAAGGAAAAUUGCAUUUUACCAUGCCCAGUUCCGUACACUGACGUGGGAGGAAAGUGUCUCUACUUCCACACUGCAACAAAAGACACUUGGCUUAACAUGGAAACAUUGUGUAUUGGACUUGACGGUCACCUGCUCAAAAUUGACGACGCAAAUUUAUUCUACGACAUCGUCCAUCAUAUCAACGCCAAAGAACCUGACAUGGUCUACUUCUGGAUUGGAGGCUCUGACGCAGCCACCGAAGGGGACUGGAGGUGGACAGACUAUACCAAAGUCAAAAUGGGUACUCCUUUUUGGGGAGUAAAUAGCAGUGUAUACCCACAAAUACAGGAGCCUCAAGGAGGAACUAAGGAAAAUUGCAUUUGUAUGAACAGAAAUUUUAUGUUUUACUUCCAUGACUAUUCAUGUAACCACGAAUUUGCUGGAAUCUGUGAACAUAAUGAAAGUUGAACAUUUUAACGCUGAUUAUCAGUUCGGAAUUGGGUAAUAAUGAUUUUAUCAUUAUAAUCCGUUUGAAAUUUACUGUACAAGUGCUUAAUCAGUUAUUUUUAGAUACUUUUUUGUCAACUUUUGGUUCUCUUAUUUAACUAAUCCAUAAAGACUUGUAAGAGACAGAGACGAAAAUAAAUUCACUGAGGGAAACAA